AUGACAUCGGUCCAGCGGCUCCUGCUCCUGCUCUCCUUGGCUUUUGCCAGCGUCUGUGUCAACGUGGGGCAGCCGUUUCCAGAGGGGGUGGAGAACGAGGGAAAGAGCAAUCUGGAUGGCAUCCUCCAAAGGGCAGAAAGCAUCAUCUUGAAGUCCAUUUUGAAGAAGGUGGACAAUGACAAAGAAGAUCCCAACAAAGGUAAAUGGUGUACCUUGGCAGUUGCUGAAGUUCAUGGCUGUAUUUGUUUAUGUGCCAUUUCCCUGUCUGUAAAGGGCCUCAAAGGGUGUGUGUGUGUGUUGAGGUUUAGGGAAUUUAAUGACAGUUGUUAGGAAGAAGAGGCAUGCAGUUCCUGCAUGCUGAGAGCAAGCGAUUCAUUAUUAAAUCACAUUUUUGCUCCCUUAUCCACUCAGUUCCAUUUCAGACUGGCCUCUCUAGGGAAGAGGCACUAUUCCUUUCAGUAUGUGCACGCUGCUCUCUGGUUCAAUCUAUGGCAUAUCCAGGUAUGGCUGACAAAACCCUGGAGAGCCACUGCCAGUCAGUAGAGACCAGGGGUGUGCAGUUAGUAGGUUGGGAUCAACUACGCAGUUAACAAUAUAUAUGGUGACACAGGGAGACCUGCAGAAGUUAAGGGCAAACUGACAGUUAAGAGAGGGCUGCUGGAUGCUGCAACUGGAGAAGCAAAAACUCAGGGCUGUAUUUAGCUUGUUGUGUUAACGUUGUUGCUCACAGUGUUGAGGUAAACCCCUUGUUCUUUUCAAACAGUCGCCUUCUGUCUUCCUAUGCACUAACUAAAUCAUAUUGCACAUUGGAUCAUCAAGGAGUUCCGACUCCAUUUUUAUUUUCAAAAUAGCAAGAACAAAAAGCUUCCCCUUUUAGCUUAGGCUGUGUUCAGGUGAAAGGAGGUUUUGAGAGUGUGUGGCACCAGAGAUGGACUUUUUGGAAUUUGCUAGCAGAAGUUUGAUACCAAAAACAGAUUCCUGUAAUGAGAGGGAUGUUUCUUCUUUCAUCUGUGUUAUCACCCACCCCCCUUGACCACUAUCACUGUUUUGCACCUGGAUCUGGUUGGUUCUAGUAAAAAACAAAGUAGAUCCUGCCCACCUGAAACUCGCCCACCUCUGGUGUAAAUACUACUGAGCUAGAUGAACUGAUGGUCCAACUCAGUAUAAAGCUGCAGCCUAUGUUCCUGGAAGAACAUGAGUUAACCUGCCUAUGCCUGAGAGACUGGUCUGUACUGGGGCUGCAUCUGACUGCAACUUUCCAAAUAUGUUCUCUCAACAAUUAACACUGGGCAGGCACCCAUGCUAUACUAUUUUAAAAAGCCUUCUAAACACUUUAUUAUUUCAGCUAGCCGAUCCAGACACUAGUAUUGUAUACUUGCUUUUAGUGUUUGCUGAUUGGGGGUGUGUAUUAUUAAUAACAGUUUUAUAUUGUUCGACGGACACUGCAUAGAUUUUGGGGGUUUUUUGGUCACUUAAGCAAGAACACCAGUUGGAUCCACCUAUGAGAAGGAUCUUGACCACGGGGAAAGAUGUUACUUCCACUUUAAUUCCAUUCCCAACUGUGAAAAAGGAAUAUCUCAGGGAGCUUCCAGAUGGGUGUUUAUUGUGGAAUGAGUGCUCCUUGUGCAUGCAUGGUUUUUGCAGCAUCCGUAUAAUAUGUCCCCAAGGUGUCAUUCACACAUACAAGAAGUCACCAUGGGUUAGGUCUAAAGAAAUGCAGAAGGAUUAUUCAGACAACACACUAAAAUGACAACGGAUAGUGUGGGAGUACUGAGAGAGAAAAGGGACAAUUCAGUUCACCUUUACAGGCUAACAUAACAACAUUCACAGGUGCUGAAGCAAUACAAGAACUGAAAGACAACCAUCCUUCAAAUUUUCCCAUAAUAGGAUUUUGCAGUGCAGUUCUUUAGCCAAGUAAUGUGUACACAAAUGCAUAUACAAGGGGGUAAUGCAUGCAUUUAAAUGCAUACAUUAGUGAAAACAGCAUACAAAAUGCAUUACAUAAGGGAAAAUAACUUGGCAAAAGUGUGCAUAUUUUGUAAAGCUGCAUAUAAAAAUGUCUAUAGUAGGAAAAAUAUAGUAGACACCCCCAGAUGCAUAUAAAUUAUACUAGAUACAUAUAAAUUAGCAUAUGCACAUCAGGAUUGUCUGACUCCCAAAUAUAUCCACUUGACUGCUUUUGGGCAAGUCCAUCCAGAUAUGUAGAAUGCUAACAUGCAUUUUAAUUUUCUAAGCAUACUGUUGGUUUUAAUUACCUUUUGAAUGUUUUGAAUACCUGUUUUUAACUGUAUGUUAUUGACACCGUUAAUUUAAUUGGUGUUAAAUGAACGGUGUAGGCUUUUUUGAAAACUGUUUAGAGGUUUUAUUACAUUCAGGCGGCAUCUAAUAGGUGUUAAAUAAAUAAAUGCUCCCUUUCAAUCAAGAACAACGUUAUUCUUGGAGUGUUUUAAUGCUGUUCAUUUCCUUGGGCAGAGCCAGGAGCUUUUCAGCCAGACUGGAUCUCAAAAAGGCAGCACCCUGGAAAGAGAUCUCUCUACGAUCUAGAAAAGAAGCAGCAUCCCGGGAAAAGGGAAGAUGUGGAUGAGGAAUCUUACGGAGAAACUGUGAAGCGUCAGCACCCUGGGAAAAGAGAGGAAGAGGAUGAAUUUGAUCCCUACUUGGAAGUGCAGAAGAGGCAGCACCCAGGCAGGAGGUACCUGCGAGAACAAUACCUUGACCUCCCUAGCAGCAGCCAGCUAGCUUAUCUGGAUGAAUUCUCCAAAAGGCAACAUCCAGGCAGGAGGUACCUGACUUACAGCAAACGACAGCACCCUGGCAAGAGGAGCUGGGAGGAGGAGAUUGAUGAGGGUGAGCAGAACUUGGAGAAACGACAGCAUCCGGGCAAGCGGUAUCUGGUGGAUGCAGAGAUCCCAGACUACACUACUGUCCCCUGUGAGCCCCAGGAUUCCUUUGAAUGUAGCAAAGGCAGCUUGCUGCUAGAGUUGCUCGAUAACGCAAGCAAGGGCCGUGUCGAGGAGAAGCGGCAACAUCCCGGAAGAAGGUCUUCAUGGGAUGGUGCGUUGGAGGAAGAGGAAUGA